AUGGAACUAGUAACGCUGCUCUUUUAUCUGCUCACGGCGAUUAUUUCGUUGUUGGUCUUAUAUUUUCGACGUAAUCUAAACUAUUGGAAAAAUCGUGGCAUUCCUCAUGACCCACCUCACUUACUACUGGGAAAUAUGCAAGAAUAUCGUAAUACCCGAUCGUUGGGUGAAAUUUUAAUGGAUUAUUAUAGGAAAUAUAAGGGCACGGGGCCCUUUGCCGGCAUGUACAUGGGUCAGCGUCCCGUUGCAGUGCUCUUGGAUAUACCCACCAUUAAAAAUGUAAUGAUUAAGGAUUUUAAUAAUUUCACGGAUCGUGGCAUGUACUACAACGAGAAGGAUGAUCCAUUGACGGGCCAUCUGUUCUUCAUCGAUGGUCAGAAGUGGCGCAACAUGAGAAAUAAAGUUUCCCCAGCCUUCACGUCGGGUAAAAUGAAGUUUAUGUAUCCCACAGUGACCCAAGUGGUGGCGGAUUUUAUGGAAGUUUUAGGCGAACAGGUUCAGCGCGGAAAGGAGGUGGAAGUUCGUGAUCUUCUCGGACGUCUUGGUAUGGAGAUAAUAGGUCGUGUGGCCUUCGGUAUUGAGUGCAACAGUUUGAAAAAUGACGAAGAUGAUUUUAUUCGCCUGGGUCGGAAAUCUAUUGAGCAGCAACGUCAUAAUAUGGCCAUAAUGGCAUUCAUUGAUAGUUUCCCCAAAUUGGCCAAAAAGCUGGGAAUGCGUAUCCUGCCCGAAGAUGUCCAUCAGUUCUUUAUGAAAACCAUCAGAGAUACUGUGGAAUAUCGUGAGAAACAUAAAAUCCAGCGAAAUGAUUUUGUGAAUAUUUUAAUCGAUUUGAAGAACAACAAGGAGGAUAAAUCGGGACUGGGGGGCUUGACAUUUGAGGAAAUGGCUGCUGAGAUUUUUGUUUUCUUUUUGGCUGGUUUUGAAACCUCCUCAUCGACAGUGACAUUUGCCCUUUUCGAAUUGGCCCAAAACCAGGAAAUGCAGGAGAGGCUAAGACAGGAGGUCACCGAGACUUUGGAGAAGUACAAGGAAUUUACCUAUGAAAGUUUGGGAGAAAUGCCCUACCUCAAUCAGGUGUUGUGUGAAUCUCUACGCAAAUAUCCAAUUGUACCAUUUUUGACACGUCGAGCUUUGAACGACUAUGUUAUACCCCAGCAUCCGAAAUAUAAGAUUGAAGCUGGUACCAUGGCCAUUAUACCCGUUUUGGGUAUACACAUGGAUCCGGAACUGUAUCCCAAUCCUGAAUGUUUUGAUCCUGAACGUUUUGCCCCGGAAAUGAUAAAGAAUCGUGAAUCGGUAGAAUGGUUGGGUUUCGGUGAUGGACCCCGUAACUGUAUUGGUCUACGAUUUGGUAAACUGCAAUCGCGUCUAUCAUUGGCCAACAUGGUUAGUCGUUAUCGUUUUACCCUCAGUUCGAAGACAAAAAUUCCACUGCAGUUUAAUCCCACGCCACCAAUAAUGAGUCCCGUCGAACCGAUUUUUGCCAGUUACAUCGAUUUCGUGAAGGUCGUCGUGACAAUGGAAUCGUCGGGAAUUGUGAUCUAUCUCAUCAUAGCCAUUGCCUCGGCAGUGGUGUAUUUGCUCAGGAGAAAUUUAAAUUAUUGGAAGCGAUUGGGUAUACCGCACGAGGAACCCACCAUCAUUAUGGGCAAUAUGACCGGUUUACGGACUCAUCGGUGUAUGGGUGAAAUUUUGGCCACGUAUUAUAGGAAAUUCAAGGGCUGCGGACCCUUCGCGGGUAUAUAUAGUGGCCAGAGGCCAGGUGUGGUGUUGCUGGACAAGCAGCUCAUUAAAAAUGUUCUCAUCAAGGAUUUUACCCAAUUUACCGAUCGUGGUCUGUACUAUAAUGAAAAAACCGAUCCGCUGACGGGACAUUUAUUCUUUGUGGAUGGCGAUAAAUGGCGUAGUUUGCGUAAUAAACUUUCGCCAACUUUCACGUCGGGUAAAAUGAAAUAUAUGUACCCCACUGUGCUGAAGGUGGCCGAUCGAUUUAUGGCUGUUUUGGCUGACAAGGUGGAAAAAGAUCCCAUUUUAAAUGUUCGGGAUAUUUUGGCACGAUACACUGUGGAUGUAAUCGGAAGUGUGGCCUUUGGUAUUGAGUGCAACAGCCUGCGAAAUUCGGAUGAUCACUUCCUGCAACUGGGUCGCAAGUCCAUUGAAACACAACGGCACAAUGCCUUGAUUAUGAUUUUGAUUGACAGCUUUCCGCGAUUGGCGAAAAUCCUUGGCAUGCGGAUACUGCCUCAGGAUGUUCAUGAGUUCUUUAUGAACACCAUUAAAGAGACGGUGGCCUAUCGGGAACAGCACAAUAUUCAGCGCAGUGAUUUUUUGAAUAUUUUAAUUGAGCUGAAAAAUUCAGUGGAUGGUAAGACGGGGCUGGAGGGUAUGGAGUUGGAGGAGUUGGCUGCUCAGGUGUUUGUUUUCUUUUUGGCUGGCUUCGAAACCUCAUCAUCGACCAUGGCCUAUACUCUCUAUGAAUUGGCCCUGAAUCAGCAGUUACAGGAACGACUAAGGGAAGAAAUCAAUGAAGUGUAUGAAAGCACCCCGGAACUAACAUAUGAUGUUAUUAUGAACAUGACCUAUUUGGAUCAGGUGAUAUCGGAAACCCUACGCAAAUACCCGAUUUUACCAUUCCUGAAUCGGCAGGCCCUAAAGGACUACGUUGUACCGGGUAAUCCGAAAUUUGUAAUACCAAAGGGUACACCGAUUUUCAUUCCCAUCAUGGGCAUACAACAUGAUCCAGAAUAUUAUCCCAAUCCGCAGGAAUUUGAUCCGGAACGUUUUACAGCCGAUAUGGUUAAGCAACGGGAUCCCAUUGAAUGGAUGCCAUUUGGUGAUGGUCCCCGGAAUUGUAUUGGUGCUCGGUUUGCCAAAAUGCAAACACGCCUCGGAUUGGCCAGUGCCUUGAGGCGUUUCCGUUUCAGUGUUUGCCCAAAGACGCCGCUGACAUUGACAUUCCAGGCCAAGCCUUUGGUACUGACACCCAUCCACGAAAUUUAUCUGAAAGUGGAAGAAAUUUAG